UUAAUAAACAUCUCUUUGUUCAUAUUUCCCUUUUUGUGUUGUGGAGUUUGCAGAAAAUAUCUCUCUCUCUCUAUAUUUCUUUCUCCCUUUAUAAUAUAAGAACUUUCUUUCUUGUUUUUAUUAAAUUCUUUUUUAAUUUUCAGUUUAGUCUAUGGUUGAAGAUAUUUGAUAUAUAGCCUUCAUAUAUGUCACUCAUUUAAGCUCAAUUUUUCUCCAUCUUUUCUCUCUUCUCUCUUAGUUGACACAUCAUAAUCAAAAUCAAGAUUUCAUAUUUGAUCUGUUAAUUAAUUAAUUAUAUAUAACUCUGCAAAUGCUAUUUUCUUUGGUAAAAAUGCUUGCAAUCUUUAGGGUAUUGCAUGAAUUUAUUAUAAGUAUUUUUCACCUUACUUUCUAAUUUCAUGUUUCAUCAUCAGCCAAGUGUUAGAAGUGACUUCCAAAUAUGGAUGUCCUAAGUUUUCCUUAACAAAAUUUUCUUGAAAAAAUAAAAUAAAUUUGCUUGGUGGUGAAGAAGGGAAUUGUUUUUUAUUUGGUGAAAAAUAUGGCUAUGUACUAUCAAGGAGGCUCAGAAAUCCAAGCUGAUGGACUGCAGACACUUUAUUUGAUGAACCCUAACUAUAUAGGCUAUGCUGACACACAUCAUCAUCAACAACAACAAUCAGCUAAUAUGUUUUUCUUGAAUUCCAUGCCGGGAGGGAAUUUGCCCCACGCGGCCCUCUCUGCGCAACCCCAUGCACAGAGGCACUUAGUGGGGGUCCCCCUCCAGGCCGGUUUUCAGGAUCCAGACCGCCCUUCCAUUGAGGAAAUUUCAGCCUCUCAUCAUGGCCUUCUUUCGCGUUUUUGGAGCUCUGCUGACCAAAAUAGCUCUGGUGGUGGUGGUGAAGGAGGAGGAGGAAAUGGAAGCCAAUCACGUAUACUGUCUUCCACCGUGGUUUCUCCCAACUCAGGUACUGGCGGAGAUACCACCACGGACUUUGCUUCCCAAUUAGGGUUUCAAAGAUCGGGGUUGGUGUCACCAACACACGCGCACCAUGAAGGUCUUUCUCUAAGCCUUUCUCCACAACAACAACAGCAACAACAACAACAGAUGAAUUUCAGGUCUUUUCCACUAGACCACCACGAAAUUUCAACAACAAAUCAUCAAGUCGGAGUACUAUCAUCAUCACCAUCACCAAGAACAAAUUCUAAUAAUAUCGAUCAGACUCAAGGAUCGGGGGCAUCAUCAUCAUUUUCACUCUCUAAAGGCACAAUUUUGGGUUCUAAGUACCUAAAAGUUGCACAAGAUCUUCUUGAUGAAGUUGUUAAUGUCGGAAAAAACAUCAAAUUAUCAGAUGGCUUAGAGGAUGUUGCUAAGGAGAAACACAAAUUGGACAAUGAAUUAAUUUCUUUGGCUAGUGAUUAUGUUGAGAGUAGCAGACAAAAGAAUAGUGUUGUUGAGCUUACUACAGCUCAAAGACAAGAACUACAAAUGAAGAAAGCCAAGCUUGUUAGCAUGCUUGAUGAGGUGGAUCAAAGGUACAGACAAUACCAUCAGCAAAUGAAAAUGAUUGCAACAUCAUUUGAACAAGCAGCAGGAAUUGGGUCAUCAAAAUCAUACACACAACUUGCUUUGCAUACAAUUUCAAAGCAAUUUAGAUGUUUAAAAGAUGCAAUUUCAGGGCAAAUAAAGGACACAAGCAAAACUUUGGGGGAAGAAGAGAACAUUGGAGGCAAAAUUGAAGGAUCAAAGUUGAAAUUUGUGGAUCAUCAAUUACGCCAACAACGUGCAUUACAACAAUUAGGGAUGAUGCAAACAAAUGCAUGGAGGCCACAGAGAGGUUUGCCAGAAAGAGCUGUUUCGGUUCUUCGCGCUUGGCUUUUCGAGCAUUUUCUUCACCCGUACCCCAAAGAUUCAGAUAAAAUGACGCUUGCUAAGCAAACAGGGUUAACGAGGAGCCAGGUAUCCAACUGGUUCAUAAAUGCUCGAGUUCGACUAUGGAAGCCAAUGGUAGAAGAGAUGUACAUGGAAGAAGUGAAGAAGAACAAUCAAGAACAAAAUGGUUUAGAUCAAGAAAAUAUUAUGAACAAGGAUAUUGAACCUAACAAUGAAGUUGUUGGCUCAAAAUCAAAUGCUCCACAAGAGAAAUUAACAAUUAGUAGCAAUAUUCAUGAUGCUUCUCCCACAGAAAUUUCUACUUCCACCAUUUCAACAUCUCCCAAGGGUGGCGAUGGCUUGCUUCUGGCUCAGACGGCUCCAGGUUUCUCCUUCAUUGGCACAUUAAACAUGGAGAACAUUUCUGAUCAAAGGAACAACAAAAAGGCAAGAAAUGACAUGCAAAAUUCUUCAACUAGUACUCUUCUUUCAGUGGACACUGAAAUCAACAAAGCUGGUGAAGACACCACGAUCAAAAGUGAAAAGCUCAACGGUAACAACAACAGUACUCAUCAGACAAGAGAGUGUUACCCUCUAAUGACUCCCUACACAAUGCAUGAUCAGUUUGGAACAAGGUUCAAUCCAAAUCAUCAACAAUUGACAACAACAACAAGUACUUUUCAUCAAGGAAAUGGUCAUGUUUCUCUUACUUUAGGGCUUCCACCAAAUUCUGAAAACCAACACAAUUUUUUGUCUAAUAACCAAAACAUUGGAUUGGGAAGUCAUUACAAUAGAAUGAACAAUCCUCAAGCUUCACAUCAUCCAAAUAUUAGCUAUGAAACCAUUGAUUUCCAGAGUGGGAAGCGAUACGCGGCUCAACUAUUACAAGAUUAUGUUUCUUGAUGAUACAUAUAAUUUGCAGGUAUUGAGAUAUAGUCAUAUAUGUAUAUGUAUAGGUAGGAAUUUAGUUUAUAGGUUAUACUUCUAGUUCUAAAAGAAGAUGCAACUAUUAUUUUGUUUUUGUAUUAUUGAAAUAUAGCUUAGCCUGGAUUAUAUAAGGUUGUUACAUGCAACAAAAGAAGAAGAGAAAAUAAUCUAUGCAAACUAUAGUAUGUUGUAAA